AUUCAUCAAAAAUCGAAUGUUUUCCUACAAUUUUUACAAUUGCACGCUGCGGAAAAAAACAAAUGUAAAUAACUUAUUGGAAACACCUUUGUACGAGUUGUGUACUAAUGCUAUCUAAAAAGUUAAUUGAAAAUUGACAUUGUGCACUUGAGUUAAAGCAUGCUAUGCGUAUUUCACUAUAAGGAAAUCAUAACGUUCUGAAACAAUUGCCUGUUUUGUUGUAAUCAACGCAAUUUUUGUGGGCGACUGCACUAAAUCAAUUUAUAAAGCACAUUGAAGUGCCAACGCUAAUUUUUUAAAAAUGGGACGUCGCUGCUGCGUGGCGGACUGUCCAUCGACGUCGCGGUUGGUGGAGCACCAUGGCGUCACUUACCACUCAUUUCCUAUGGACGCCGUCAUUCGCGCCAUUUGGAUAAAGAAUUCGCGCAUUAGUCUCGACCGGCAGAUUACAAAGAGUGUGUUGGUGUGCUCACGACACUUUCGUCGCCUGGACUUUAACACUAUACGCAAUGGCAAGUAUUUGCUGAAACCUCGCGUUUUUCCUACUGUCUUUCCGUGGGGCAAAAUGGAAACUGCUGAAAUCGAGGCCGAUCAUCGUGCUCUGCAACAAGCUUCGGUUGAAGGCGCUGGUACUAGUGGCUCGGCUAACAAUUCCACUAGCGAGGAGGUUAUCAAGGCGACCGUUGAUCAGAUUGUGUCGCAAAUUCUAGAAGAGACCGCAGAGCGCAAAUCAGGAGAAACAGCAGAUGUAUCAGCAAAAACGAAAACAGAAGAUGUAGAGUCUGUUAAGGAAGCAGCUGAAAACGAAACCGCUAAGACGACAGAUGAGACAGCCGCCAGUGAUACCGUACCAGUCGCUGCCCAGGCGCCAGCAGAUGCCGCUGAUGAGUUAAGAGCAUCGGUCAAUAGCUCGGCGUCGCCAGUAUCGACAUCACCACCAAAAUACAGAACCCCCACCAACUUGGUCAUUGGCGGACGCCUUGAGGCAUUAAGCGUGGACAACGCGUGGCUACCAGCUCGAAUUGUUGAAAUCAAUCAGGCGGAGCAGACGAUGCUUAUACGAUUCGAGCGCAACAGCAAGCUAAAGACAGCGCCAUCGAGUACGGGCGGUUACCAGGAGUGGCUUGGAUUCAAGUCAGAGCGUUUGCGACAGCGCAUCAGCUCACGGGUGUUGCCCGUUUUCGAGCUGGAGGAGAAGUGCAUGGCACGUUGGUCAGGACCACGUAAAUUUCCGGGCACCGUCAAGAAACUACUGGGCAACGACACAUACGAGAUACUUUUCGAUGAUGGCUACACUAAGAAUGUGCGCGCCUUGCACAUGCUUAAGGUGCCACGCCAACUUGUGGCUACCAGCGAGGCUGCAGCAAUUGAUGUGGCAAGCACAAGCUCGCAGGCAUCGGCUGCACCAAUUAAGAGGCCAAGCACUGGCGGUACAAGCAGCAAUAAGAAGAGCAAGGCGGUACCCCAACGUAAGGAUUGGCCACUGCUAGAUAUGUCCAACUUGGACUUGGUUGCUUUGGGUCUGCCGGACAUUCCGCACGAUGGCGAAUGGACUUGCCACUGGGUCAACGAUCAACCCAUUGGUACCGAGGGCUUUCUGAUUGUCGGCGAGCAUCAGAAGCCAACGGUAAUUGUACACGACUGGCGUCUGCCACCUGGCUGGAUCAAGCACAUGUAUCAACGUUCUAAUGUACUUGGUAAAUGGGAUGUCAUACUGGUAUCACCCAGCGGCAAACGUUUUCGCUCGAAGUCGGAUCUCAAGACAUUUCUGGAGUCACAAGACCUGGUCUAUAAUCCAGACAUCUACGACUUUAGCAUUCAUCGUCGUCGUGCCAAGGAUAUCAAUGCAUAUGUAUACACCCAUGACUAUAGUCCACAGCAGCCGACAAGGCCCAAGCUCCAAGAGGUGUCGCUUGACACAACAGUGGCAUCACAGGAUCUGAACAGUAGCAAGCUAUCGACUGCCACGCCCGUAUCUACACCUAUUUUAACAGUCACUACACGUCGCGGAGCAGAAAAUGACAGCCAGUACAUGGAAACCCCCGUAGCGUCUUUGGUACCACCUGCUGAAUUGAUGUCGCCAUCGCUGCAAACUAAAAGUACUGUAGUUGUUAGUUCCCCAACAGAUGCAGCUGAAUCUGGGUUGGGUUUGGAUGCGCAGGGCGCUGUGCUCGAAGAUGGUUAUGCUUUCAUUGGCGGACUGAAAGUCCAGAUAACAGACAAUUUAUUUGUGUGUCCGCGUGAAGGAUGCGGUAAAACAUACCGCAAGGAAGACUUUUUGCAAAUUCACAUUCGUCAUUACCAUAAGGAGUUUGCACAGCAUGUUAGUCAUUGCCCUAAGAUGCAGGAGCUGGCUGUCAAGCGCACACAUCCCUCUUCCAUAGAGCAGGGCGAUCAAACCCCCAAGAACCAAAUACCCAAUCAACAGUUCUUUGCCAAGCUGCACCAGCAGGAUUUACAGCAUUCUCGGGGCGCUAAACGUCAACCGGCGGGCACGGAUUCAUCGCCAACGGCUUUGGAAGCGUCACCAAUUGUAUCGCCUACCAAACCCAUGUCUUCACCCAAGGCAGAGACACCAGCCAGCUUGAAAGCAAGUCCCCAAAUUGCUGCUGUCGUUCCAGAAACUACGCCAACUGUUUUGCCAACACCAAGCGAAAUUCCAGCAACAGUUUCGGUUGAACCCACUGAAGUUAGUCCAUCCCAAGUCACUCCGUUCGCUUCCAAUCGAUCUUCCAAACGUACACGUCCAUCUAGCAGGCGACAGACUGGUUCCCGAAAAAGCAGUCGACAACGCACACAGCGUCGCUCUGUCAAUGCCUCAGCCAGCAAGAGUCCUGUGGCAAGUAAAUUGCAGUUGCCUGGUCUCGAUAAGGAGGAGUCGCAUCCGCUGACUAAUACGCCAGUGCCAGAGGCCCGUAAUGAAGCGAAAAAGCGGCGCAUUGCUGCCACACCUGUUGGUUCACCGGCUAUUCUCGAUGCUGUAUCGACCCCGUCGCCUCAUGAUCAGGUGGACAUAAAUGCUGCACUGGCACCACCGCCACCACAACCCAAUCAGACGCCACAGUACAUCAAGGAGAACGGCGAGCUUAUUCGCAUUGUGCGCAUGCGUCAGGAAGAGAUCAUUAAUUGCAUUUGCGAGUAUGGUGAAGAAGAUGGUCUCAUGAUACAAUGCGAACUCUGUUUGUGCUGGCAACACGGCGCCUGCAACGGCAUUGUUAAGGAGUCGGACGUGCCGGAGAAAUAUGUCUGUUACAUAUGCCGGAAUCCGCAGCGUGUAAGGGAUUCGAUGCGCUUCAAGCACGAUCAGGAUUGGCUCUUCGAGGGAAAAUUACCAGUGGCUGGUUAUCACACGCCCAAUCCUCAGACAACCAAAAAAUGCGAAAUGUUGAAACGAUCGCACACUUUGACCGGCAAUCUGCUAGACGCGAAGCGUUCCAUGCACUCACUGCAGGUGAAGAUUAAUAUUGCUCGUAAUCGCUGUCAUCCCAAACUAUACCUAUGGGCGAAAAAAUGGGAUGAGGACCAAACCGACAACUCAGCUACACCAGUCAAGCGUCCCAAGACCGAACCAUCCGACUGGCCGCCUGCACCGCAACCAGAAGCAGCUAUCGAUCCAGAAGAAUGUCAAUACCGCCUGAUAGAGCAUGUAAAAGUCCAACAAUCACUUUUGUUGAAUCGGUUGAAUGACAUGGAAGCGGAAAUGGAUGAACUCGAAAAGGAAGAUAAUUUGACAGAUUAUAAGGAUGCAAGUAUGUCAGCAACUAAAGAUGCUUUGGCCACGUUCAUCAAAGAAUUGGAGACAUUAAAACGGCUUGCUAAACUUAACAAGGUUGUCAACAUGAAAAAUUCACAGAAGGAACAAGAAACCGCAUCAGAAAAUCCUCAACUAUGAACAGAGUUAAAACAGAAUUGAAUUCAAAAAUAUAAAACACAUUUAAUAUUAAUUGUUAAAUUGAAAAUGUUACACAAAUAUUAAUAAAACCCUGUAUAAAAUAUCUU